UUGAGCUGUUCCUGUCUAUUAAUGUUCUGUAUUAUGUCAUGAUUUGUGUGGACCACCAGCAAGAGUAGCUGCUGCUAUAGCAACAGCUGAUAGGGAUUCUAAUCAAAUACAAGAGGAAUGUGUUAUGAGAUAUAUGACUAGCUAUUGACUAUGGCUGGAGACACUGCACAUAGAGAUACUGUAUAUAGUAGUAGAAGGUAGGCUAGAUCUAUGGCUGGAGACACUGCACAUAGAGAUACUGUAUAUAGUAGUAGAAGGUAGGCUAGAUCUAUGGCUGGAGACACUGCACAUAGAGAUACUGUAUAUAGUAGUAGAAGGUAGGCUAGCUCUCUGGCUGAGUGAGGGAUCUUCACAUUCUAUUAUACUACACUAGCUGUUCUGUGAGAAACAACACAGUCAGAGAUAAGUUGACUGUUUUUAGGGUUUUACUGAGUGAAUCCUGCUGCCUGAAUCAGCUCUAAGAUCCAUAAUAAUGGCUGUUCUAUCCAACGACACUGAUUGUUGUCUUGGUUUAUAUUUGUAGCCAUCUUUAAACCCAAAUUCCAAAUCAGUGUAAAACAAAUAAGGUACAUCAAAAUGGUAUCCUGUUAAUCAGGUAUUUAUCUACCCAGGGGUCUUGCUGUUCAGUUGGGGUAAUUACAGGCCCCCUAUUGGUCCAUCAGCUGGCUGUACAGGAGCCAAUACCGGAGCUUGUAACAGCAUGCUCCAGCCAUACGACAUGCCUUUUUUUGUUUUGUAAUGAUCAAGAAGCUCCUUAAAAAUGUUGCCCUGCGCUCGUCUCCCAUACAAGGGAGCAGAAAGGUAGGGUGCACACACAGCUCGGUGAGCUAUACCCCCCCCCCCCCCCAAACCAAUCAACCCAGAGAGCCACUGGCUCCUUCAGGAUCUCAGGAGGGCAGAGCUUCACUUGAACAACAGGAGACAGACAAAGCUGAAAAUGGCACGGGCAGGAAGACCAACGUUUUCCCUGAUCUACACUGGAAUCCUCCUAGUGUUAUCACCAGAGUUUCUGGGGGCCGGCCCGGUGAGGCAGAAUGUGGAGGAGGCAUCUUCAGUAUCCAGGGAUGUCCGCAGUAAGAGGAGUCUUCCUGUUCACAUGCCCGUCCUCCAGCAGCUCCCUGACUUCUGGGGAUGGUACAGAUUCUUCAUGGAUACUGGUAACCAGGAAGGAAUCGAGGAUCUGGACAAGAUGUACGUGAUCUACCUGCAGAACAAGCACCGCUCCGAGGAGGGUCCCACCUUCAACCACUACCUCACCCACCUCAGUGCUAUCUACAGGACCUGCGCCGAAUCCGACGACCCAGAGUGCAUCGCCGAGUCCACCAGCAAGCCCAAGGCCAAGGUGUUGAUGCCCGCGCCCAUCAAGACCGCCACAGUCGGAAUGUGCAACCCUUAUAUCGACCCCUACUGCCUCUUCCCCAUGACCCCUAAGAUGGCUGCCCCAAAGCCUCCUCUGACUCCAGCCCCGGCUCCGGUCAAAGCCGCCCCAGUGCCUGGCCUGACCCCCUUCCUGCCGUACCCUCUGAAGACCCCCACAGGGCUCUACUACGCCCCAGUCCUGGAGCCCUUCCUCACCGCUGAGCAGAAGACAGAGCUGCUGCGUAUCUGUAACUUUGACGACACCGAGUGUCUGCAGUACCACCUGCGUGCCGCCUACGGCUACAGGCCCGCUCCUGGACCCGCCCCGUCCUAUGCUGCCCUGGGCUGCGAUCCCACCAAGGACCCCUACUGCCGGCCCCAGUUGGUGAAGAAGGCCCCCUCCGGCUUCUUCCACCUGUACCCCACCUGCGACCCGGCCACCGACCCCCUGUGCAUGGCUAGCAUAGCGACCCCUCCUCCCGCUCCCCUGGAGACCCCGAAGGAGCAGCACUGCAACCCCCUCUUUGACAAGGGCUGUAACCCCCUCACCGCCACCAAGCUGGCGGGCCUCACCAAGCCCGUCCUGGAGUACACGCCCAAAGACGUACCUGCGCCAGCCCCCGCCCCUUUGGCGUGUGACCCGCGCUACGACCCAUACUGCCUGCUUGGUGCCGCCGCCGCGCUCCAUAAGGCCCCCCCAGCGCUGCCUCAGUUCCAGAUCCGCUCCCGCCUGGGCUUCCUCGGGAAGACCAAGGAGGGCCAUGACUGCUACGUGCACUACGACAAGGACUGCACUCCUGUGGAGGCCAGCGACGAACCCAAGACCCCCGCCGUACCCCAGUGCCACCCCUACGACUUCACCUGCAACGGCAUGUCUGCCCCCACUACCCUCACCGCCGAGGCCAACGAGCCCAAGAGCGGUGUGAUCUUGCCCGAUCCCGACUGCGACCCCGAAUACGACUACAACUGUCGCCUUCGUCGUGCCGAGGACUCUGAGGAGCCGGUGCAGCAGAAGGCCGGGCCCGGGUACGCUGUCCCACAGUUGGAAGACUUCCUGAGGAGUUACAUGGGUCAGUACAGGAAGAAGUACAUCUAAAAAAAACACACGUCACUCAAAUGUCAACUAGACGAUAGAUCGCUAGAACUGGAAGAAAGUGAGACAAGUUAAUGUUUUACACACACACACACACACACACACACACACACACACACACACACACACACACACACACACACACACACACACACACACACGCUCAUGGUCCUCCCAAGGUGCUAAAAUAUCUCCCAUGGUCCAAUACUGCUAAAGCAGGACGGCUAGUGCUUUAUCAACAGGAAGUUCCAGACCUGCAAUAGUUAAUCAGAUUUGCUCAAUUACAGUGCCUGAAGGUAUAUAAUUGUACUGUCUGUGAUAUACUGGCUGUGGGGAACCCAACAUUAGUCCCUCUAGGUUUUAUGGUCCCAUAAAAGUCUAUGUGAAAGUUCAGCAUUUAAUACUACGUUUGUCUGUAGAAAUAAAUGUCUGUAUUGUGUUUGUAGAAUAGGGUUAGCUAAUAUACUUGAAGACGGCCUAAUCUAAAUUUGUGUCGAUAUGUUGGUAUGUUUUCUGUGGUUGUACAUUGUCCAUUUCCAGUGUUUUGUGAACAUAGUCUCUCCUGAGUGUAUUUAAUGUUGUUUUCAUAGUAUUUCUAAAACCUGUCAACCUCAAAUCCUUCCUCUGGUCAGUUUGUUUAUUUUAGUUCCAAAUAAAAAGUUUUGAAACAA